CUCCAAUCCCCUUCCUUCACACACUUCGAUACCCGCUCUCCUUCCAAGUAAACAUUCCAUGGCGAGUGCCCCGUACUCGUCGUUCCUGCUCGCCGCCCUUCUCGCCCUCGUCGCCGGUGUCUCGGCGAUCAACUUCCUCUCCGACGUGGAGAUCACAUGGGGCCGCGGCAAAGCCCUCAACAGCGACAUCCUCCAGCUCACCCUCGACCGCGCCUCUGGCUCCGGAUUCCGCUCCCGGCAGGAGUUCCUCUUCGGCCGCUUCGACAUCCGCAUGAAGCUCGUCCCCGGAAACUCCGCCGGCACCGUCACCACCUUCUACUUGUCGUCGUUGGGGGGCACGCACGACGAGAUCGACCUGGAGUUCCUGGGGAACGUGAGCGGGCAGCCGUACGUGCUGCACACCAACGUGUACGCGCGGGGGACCGGCGACCGGGAACAGCAGUUCUACCUCUGGUUCGAUCCCAGACUGGAUUUUCACACUUACUCUGUUCUGUGGAAUCCUCAAGAGAUUGUGAUUUAUGUGGACGGGACGCCGAUCAGAGUGUUCCGGAACAACGAACGGCUGGGGGUACCAUACCCGAAGAGUCAGCCCAUGCGGGUGUACGCCAGCAUUUGGGACGGCGACGAUUGGGCCACGCGCGGCGGCCUGGAUAAGACCGACUGGUCCAAGGCGCCCUUCAUCGCCACCUACCGGGGGCUCACUGCCGACGCCUGCGCCGUCGGCUCCUACGGCUGCUCCGCUAACCGCCGCGGGUGGUGGAACCAAGUGCUGGACUCCGCCGGAAUGCAGAAGGUGAGGUGGAUGCGGGAGAGGUACAUGAUUUAUAACUACUGCCGCGACCCCAAGCGGCAGACGGCGAGGGGCCCGCCGCCGGAGUGCGCGGUCAAUUAAUGAGUGUGUUUAUAUAUACGCGUGCGGGAUUACGUAUACGCAUGUGUUUAAUUAUGUGUUCGUAUAAUGCUUUAAUUGUUUGAUUUUGCUAUGUAUCUAAAAAUUACGGUCGAAUAAAAUAUUAAAUAUGCACGUUUGAUUUUACGUA